AAUCUGUGGUGAUAUCGGCAUCAGUAGCCAUCAGUGGGCAGCUGCCUUCGAGCCAGGAGUUGCCAUACAUUACGCCGCCGUCGCCGCGCCCGAUCACUGAUAAUGCGGUCCACUUUAGCGGGGACUCCACUGAUUCUGCCAAGGGAUACACCAGCAUAUCUGUGCGAGAGCCACUGAGCAACAUCCGCGCUCAAAGCACCAAGCCGCCGACGCAGCCACAUUAUGCCACCGUUUCUGAUGAUUCUGACGAGAUGUAUGCGGCGAUUGAGGAAGCCAGCGUGGGCGAGGGCUCAGACACUUACGCGCAAAUCGCGCCUGAGCCGCGGCGCCGCGAGCCCGCCGCCGACCGCGCCCAGCCCGACGCCAGAAGAAGCGCUCCUCCAGAAAUCGGUGCGUCUACAUCCAACGCCACACAUUCCCGUCAAGCAUCCUCUUCUUCGUGCUCGAAUUCAACUGGUGCAUUAGGAUCGCCAAAACCUGAGAAGCGGCAGGCCAACUCGCCCCUGCCGCCCCCGCCGCACCCUUCCCACGCGCCCCACUCCUCCCACUCGUCCCAGUCCAUGCAUUUGUCCCAUCCGCCACACUCGACUCAUAACAAUCAGUCGUCCCAUGCUGCACAUUCGUCUCACUCGUCCCAUGUCUCUCACUCAGCCCAUUCGGACCCGAAAGAUGCGCUGCAGCGACAUCAUCAACGUAUAUCGAGCACCGGCGACCUCUUCAACCACGACAAGCUACGACGAAGUCUCAACGAGAAGCACCAACGAAACAACAGCUGCGUCAGCUCAUCUGACUUCUACGGGUGUAAUUACCCCGUGGACAAGCAUAGGUUUAGCUCGGGUGAUCUGAUUCGCCCGCUAGUCGCCAAAGAGCUCAACUUUGACAUAGACAACAGACCAACUCCCGCCGACAACUUAUAUAACUCCAUAGACGCUCCUUACAGCGACUACUCCUCGGCUGACGCCAACGCCAGUCUUCCGUCUGAUCAGCGCGCCUCGGAGAGCCCCUCCCGAAACGUCGAGGAAAUGUACGCGAAGGUCAUGAAGAAAGCCAAAGGAAAACCCGACGAUCCUGUCCGCAGGUCCAAAGAAUACUCCGAUGAACCCGCGCCGCUGAAGUUCCGCGGCGACGACCCCGGCUACGAGACCAUCGACCGCAAGAAAUCCAUCAACCACGGCUACGAAACCAUCGCCCACAAGGAGCGCAAGACCUCCCAGAACCAGGAUCCUGGUUACGAAACGGUUCGAGACGUCAACAAAGCGAACAAUUUUUCUAACAACAAUAUGCUGAAAUUGAACCACGUGAACGCCGACAGUGGACCUAACAGCAUCAUCAGCAGUGACGCAGGAUACGAACACAUCUCCAAAACGGAUAACAACGCGUCCGAUUCCGAUCCAAACUACGAGGUGCUCCGGAACCAGCCGCCCACGCCGCCCUACGCCACUAUCGCUCCGGAUUACAAGCUCCAGCCCACCUACUCCACGGUUAACAAGCGGCCGAAUAAGUACAACAACUGGCCCGCGAACAACAACGACGAACCACCUGCGGAACCCAACUACGAGUCGAUGCCGCACGAGCCCCUCUACACGACCGGGAGCGAGUCCGACCCUAACUACGAGUCCGUCCGCCCCAAGGACCCCAACUACGAAAGCGUCCACGCGCAGGACCCGAACUACGAAUCGUUGCGGUGCAAGGACCCCAAGUACGAGUCGGUCCGCUCGAAAGACUCGAGCAGGUCGAAGAAGGAUCCGAACUACGAGAGCGUGAAAUAUUUCGAGCUGGCCCGAAAGGAGCCGCCGUACGAAAAAGUGAACAACGAGGGCCCCACCGGCAGUGCGGUCGAAAGGUCCGACUCCGCGGCGGGGUACGAGAGAAUCAACGUCGCCGGCAACAGAGAGCCGAAGAGCAGUAUUAACAAUGGUACGGAUGCCACUGUCAGCGACUACUUUCAGGUCUGAAUGCCGCCGUGAUCCGGCACGGAAGUGGCGAUCUGAGGUAUUAAUAUGAGUGACGAAACUUUCGACCCGUUAUGAGAUUUGAGUGCUUUUAUUUAUUUAUAUGGUUGAUAUGACCCCGCAAUCUAAUACCUCACUGAUAGGAUGUUAUUCCGUAAUAUCUUCCUUAGGUAUCUGUGAUAUAUAUUAUGAUUGAAAUUUGGAUAUAUUUUUAUUUUUUACUGAAAUGAAAUUUCCUUUUGAACGAUAUCAUUCAAUAGACACUGAACGAAAUACAUAUAUUUUUCUGAAUGAAAUACUGACGAGUGUUUGUAAUCUCCAUUGACAACUCUGUGUUCAUAAGUGUUUUACAAUUUUUAAGUGGAGGUAUGUAAUUUUGCAUACAUUUUGUACAAAAUGUAGAUUGUACAUAAUUUUGCUAUGUAGGUAAUUUAUAAUAGCUUUUAUCGUGAGUAUGAAUAAGAAGUAUUUCUUCGAUUAGUUAAUUAGAUAAUUUAAUAUAAAAUGUUUUUUUAUUUUCUUAAGACUGUUUUUAUGUCGCAAGAUUCAUCGAAAUUUUAAAGUAUGAUUUUUACUGUGAGAUUUUUGUUUUUUAUUCAUGAAGGUUGUUUUUAUAACUUUUUAUAGGUAAUUGAUAUUAUAAUUUGUAUGAGUAGAAACGAAAGUAAGUACUAUUUGUUCAAUGUGCAUUAUUAAAUAAAUAAUAUUGAGGUCGGCGCAAUAAAUAGUUGGAUUAGUAUCUGCGUAGGCAGGUUAAACACUAUCAUAAAAAUGUAUUAUCGGUGUUCAAAAGUGUACUAAUGUAGGCGAUGUAAAAUUUAAUGGCAUUGAAUAAUAGUAAUCUGUGGUGGCGACAUUGUUUUGUUUUAAACCGUACACUCGGCGCAACAGCGCAACUUUUAAAAUACAUAUACUCUCUUGACAGUACCGCAUUUUGUUUGUAAAGUGAUUUCAAUUCGCUGAAUUCGAAUGAAUUGUGGAAACAGAAGUAGAAGGCAUCUAUUGUGAAUUGCCUAGUGACUCGAUUUCUGAAUUUUUUGCACUUGGGACGUUAUUGCGUCGAGUGUGCGACACCGUUAUGUUGUAUUAUUUUUAGCUAAUAUUAUUGACAUGAAAGAUAUUAAAGCAUCGGUGUCAUAUAGGUUCUGUGAAAAGGGUAGGUAAUAAUAAAGUACCUGAAUUGUAUUCAUCUACAUAACUAUAUUUACUGAUGAUUAAUCUUUAUAUAGGAAUGGCACAUACUUUUAUAAAAAUAUAAAUUGCUUAAUAUCAUAACUUCUACAAAUGUAAUUCUGUUGUUAAUGCUGAACAAUGUAUUAUUUCUUCAUUUUACUUAUAUCGACUACUUUUUCUAUAUUAUUGAAUAAUUUCUAGUUUAUUUUCGCGAAUACCUUUUCUUAGAUAACUUAUGAUGGCACUUGUGUAAAUAUAGCAUUUAAUCAACUGUUAUAAAUGUAUAUCACAAUCUAUUAUGAACUAUAUGCUGCAUAUUAAUCUACAAACGAAUACACGAAACCAUUCCAUCAUGAAUAUUUCCAAUGGUAAAAAAUAUU